AAGCAAGGUUGACGUCUCCGCCAUCUGUUUACAUUUGCGUCAUUGACUAACCAGAAACCCAGUAGCGCAGGACGACAGUGAAAUAUGGUGACUAAGCGAAUAAGGUCCGAAUACAUGAAGAAAUUUAAGGACCCAAAAUGGGAAACGUACGCAAAAUGUUAUGAGGAUUUGUUGAAGUACAGAUUGUCAAGACGACUGUUGGAGCAAGCGCACAACCCCUGGUUUUGGGGAGAAUGGGGAAGUGACACAGCGUCCAGUGGUAAAUCUACUCCUCUUUGUCGGAAUAAAGUCGAACCUCUGCAGCCUAAUAAUGAGACACCAAAGCCAGCAACUGAACCAGAACCACAAGGAGAAGAACAAGACAGAGAAGCUUUGGAAACCAAACUAGUCACCCAAGAUACUGAGCAGAGUCCUCAAGGCGAGAAGGAAGAGAAAAGCAGAGGAUGCUCUCCUGCUCACAACCCAGACCUAGAAACUGAUACUCAUACACCAAAUAAGUCAAAGAACAAACAACGCUCCUCACACAAGUACACAAGAUCAAAGAUCAAACUUUGUGACACCAAAGACACUGACAAAGAAAAUCGUCACCCUUUUGCCCUAUAUGGCUCAGGUGAGAGGCAGACAGAUAUAGCCUUCAAGAAAACUCAUAAUGUUGGUCCAGCCACAUCAACCUCUGAGAUCCAUGAAUCAGCUUUGCGAGCAAAAACCAGACGGGAGUUGGAAAAGCAGAUAAAGAGAGUUGACAAACAAAGAGCCAGAUCUGCUGACUUAGAAAUGAACAGAAGCAAGAUUGUCCCCGAGUACAACCCAUGGAUGACAGAGUACAUGCGCUGCUUCUCUGCUAGGUCUCGGUAAAAAUGGUUUCAGUAAUCCUUUGUGGGAAAAAAAUGUCUGUGACUAUCAAAAUCACUCAGGCUUAAAAACGAAUUCCACAUGAUGACUGCCGAAGGACAUGAAUAUAUCCAGCUCUUUUGCACUCUUCCAAAAGGGGUCAAAAUUAAUUAAACUCCAAUUUUAAUGCAGGGGUUUUAAAGUGUAUUUACAACAACGGACAUGUUACAUUUACCGGUACAUAUCAAACAUGAUAUGCCAAUCAACUGAUGCUGCAGGCAAACUGUCAAACAAUCGUAUGCCUUGUUGCAUGAUUUUGUAUAAACAAGUCACAUAGAUGUACAGACCAUGAGAUUUAUUUCUCUUUACAAUAAAAGUUAAAGUAAAUUAUAAACAAUUAAAUGCUCGGUAAUUAUCAGACCAUUACAGGUAUAUGUUGUAAUUUGAUUUAUGUAUUAAUUAAAUUGUUUGUGUUUUAUUGAUCAAUAUUUAGGGUCAGUGUAAGAAAAUCUAUUUUGUACUUUCUAGAACUUGGGAAGUGUAAAUUUAGUCACAAUUAUUUAAAUGGGCUGCCUCACUGGCAGUCCAACAGUAAUACUAAUAUUUGCUUCCUUUGAUUUGAGAUAUAUUAUAUUUGGUUUGUUGUAUGUGUAAGCUCAGGUGCAUUUCACAGGGUAUUCUAGCUGAACAGUUGUAAAUAUCAUUACAAUGUAGAAGUUGGGAAGCUGACACUGGUAUCUGAAGCAUGUAAUAGAUACAGCAAAAUCAUGUUUAAGGUUAUGAAGUUCAUCAUCAUGUAUAACUUACAUUCAGUGUGGUGAUUUGGUAUUUCAUUUAGUGGCACUCAGGUAUUUCAUUCUGGAGUAAAGAUGUAAAAAUGACAUUCAUCUAUACAAGGGUAUUGAAUUAAUUUCAACUUGAUGUCAGGACUUAUGUAUUUGGUUCAAUAUUUUGUAAUGGAAGAAUGCAUGUGUUGUAUGAACAAAUGUGCAGGUUUUGUUUCCACUUCUUUUCAACUUUGACAUUGUUCUGUAUGUAUUAUGUUGACAGUGUUAAUUUUACUGUAAGAGUAAUGAAGCCAUAAUGUUCAUGAACCACUAAUGCAUUGAGAUGACAAAUAUUCAUUCCAGAAUCUUAUUUAUAAUACGUGGAAGCUGGUUUGAAUGGUGUUUAGAAAAGGAUUACAUGCUUAGUCUGCCUGUGAAAUUUGAUAUAUGUUUGAAUGUGUAACAUUUAUAGGCGACUGGUGUUAUAGUUCCACUACAAUAAUGGGACUAUUGUGAUCG